AUGGAGGAUCUGUCAAAACUACUAAGCGUGUUGAAAUCCUACUCGACUGUUGAUAAGAAGAUUGAAGCGAUACAGACACUUGAUUUGCUUUUCCAGCGCGAGAUUUCAGAGCCUUUAGAGCACAUUGAAUCCCUCACAAACACACUCAAGCUCAAUCUUCGCUCCCCCAAUACACAUCUCUCUCAUGCCGUUAUCGCCUUUCUCCCAACUUACAUUCCGAUCCUCACACAAACAAACGCGUCUGAUUUAGACUCCCGGCAGCUCAAGCUUGGGCUCACUGCCUUCUUAUGUCCACCCAAUGGCCUUAUCGAAAAGCUUGCUGAUCAGAAGGAGAGGAUUAGAGAUGCUGCACGCGCCGCUUUGAUGGCUUUAUCGAUAGGCGCGCUCAAAUUUGGCUCAAACACUUCCAACUCCCCAGAAACACCAUGGGUUCUCCUCGAAAAAUCAAUCAGAGAGCAGGGCCUGGCUGGAAAGGUUUGGAGGAUACGCGAGCAGUCUCUUCUCCAUCUCGCUACUUUACAUCCACUUCACUCUUUCCCCCUCCGCACAUUUCUUCCACAAUUCGUUGUUCUGCUCGAAGACUCAGAUAGCAGCGUGAGGGAGGCUGCGCGGUCGACUAUCAUAACUCUCUUUAGGAACUCAUCCGCACAGGCCAAAACAAGCCUCAAAAAGGAAAUCACUGACAGGAACAUAAAAAAAAACGUCGUCGAUGAGAUUCUCGAUGGAGUCCUCAAAUCUGCUGCUUUCAGACCUGAGCUCAUACCGAUGCCGAUUGACGAUCCCACGGAGGAGGACAAGCUGGCUGGCUCCAACGCUCACUACUCCAGUACAUCUAGUGCGCCUAGUGCACCCAGUGCGCCUCCAAAACAGGCUAAGCAACUGGACAAAGAGGUUGAGAAACUCGAUCCUGUCUACACAGCCUCUUCAAAAGAUCUAGAAAAGGAGUUCGAGGCCAUGCACUCUCUCUUUAGUGGCAAAGAAACGGAACAAAAUUGGGUACCACGCGAGACGCAAAUCAAGAGACUAAGAGGGAUGCUACGAGGUGAGGUGCACCUCCACUACGCCGAUGUAUUCGUGCAAGGAGUGAAAAGUAACAUCGAUGGUAUUAUCGCGAUAGCGCAGUCACUGCGCACUACCUUAUCCCUCAACGCUAUCAAUCUUUGCGUCGAUCUGUCUCAUUUUCUUGGCUCCCAAAUGGACACAUUUGCUGAACCCGUGGUCUCAUGCUUAAUGCGAAUGGCAACACUGACUAAGAAGAUAGUGGUGCAAUACUCCCAAAAUGCACUGAGCACCAUCUUGCGUAAUAUCUCAUACAGCUCGCGCAUACUCAAUGUUUUGCACUCCGGUAUUAAUGAGAAAGCACCAGCACCGCGUCAGUUCUCUAUAACGCAUCUGAGGAUUGUAGUGGAGACGCACAGUGCACAUAAACACGCCAUCGAACAGACGGGUGGGGUGAGUGUUUUGGAAUGGUGUAUAAAGAAGGCUUUAGCAGAUGCCAACCCGGGAGUGCGUGAGCAGGGUCGUACUACUUAUUGGGCGUUCCAAGCUGUGUGGCCAGGACAAUCUGCGAAGCUGAUCGACACUCUCGAUCCAACUGCUCGCAAACAGCUCGAGAAGGCUAAGAUUGCGUCGAAUUCGGCUCCUCAGAAUGCUAAAAAAGGUCUAGCGUCCAAGAGUCAGCAAUUCAGGGAAGCCAAGGCGGCCUUCAUAGCAAAGAAUAGGACGGAGCCUCCUCCAGAAUCUGUCAUACCUCUACCUGAUACGCCAAUUAAGAGGGGUGCGGCAGAGAGCAGAAGUGAUACACCGACACGAGGCAGAUCACCAUCUCCACCAUCCAGCAGAAAUGCUACGCCGGUUAACAGAACGCCUCCGCAACAGAAUGCUGCUACUCCGACAAACAAGAGAACACCAUCUGCAGAGUUGGAACAAGAGGAGCAAAAUGUGGAAGAGGUUGAGGUUGAGGUGGAAGCAUCCGAAGGACCUGAGCCAAGUGAACGGUCUGUAGAAGAUAGAGCACCACCAACCUCACCAAUGCAGAUAAACUCACCACCAUCCAAACCUACAGCAGACGAGGAAAUGAGUCAGAGAUCGCCAACACCAUUGCGCACGUCGAACCGCGCAACCACAAAAUCUACUUCAACAUCACCCAAAGAAUCAUCACCUCUGCGUCAGUCAUUUAGCAGCUCAACCGCGGCAGAUACAUCAGACAAGGCGUACGGCUCACCACCAAACCGACCAUCACCACUGGGUCAACCACAGUCAAAUACACAGCCACAGGCAGUGCAAGGACGUCGCCCAAGUGAGAGGCUCAGUGUUGCGAUGAUGGGCUCGAGCACACCAUUGGGCAGCCUGAUGCAGGAGAGUCAGCCUGACGAUUGGAAUAACCACACUACCAUGGAAGAUACCUUCCUUCUGGCAAAUAAGCGAGGCGACGGGAACACAGAAGGGGAUGAAGAGGAAGAAGAGCAGGAAGAAUUAAUGAAGUUUGACGACUCCCCACUAAAAUUGCAGAAGUCAACGAACAAGCGUCCACUUUCACACAGUACAAGCUCAAACGACACACCCAAGCAAAAGAAUGCACAGACGGAUGCGUCACCUCAAUCCAUUUCGAAGAUUGCGGAGAGCACAGCGAACCACUUGUUAGAGGUGAAUGAGGAGCUUGCAUCGACGAGUAUCUCCAACCAAGAAGGCACUAACGAGGGCACGCCGGUGAGGAGGAGUGCACCAUCGCCAGCACCCUCACCAGCACCUUCACCAGCACCAGCUGUCGUCAACCCUUCUGUCAGAAGCUCAGUAGCCACCCCACCGUCCAAGAUGAGAAAGAUACUUCAGCAGGCUCAGCAAGUCGUCGACUCACCAAUGAACAAAGCGGGUACGCCGAGAGUGGUGCACGAUAUGCGCAAAGUCGGUGGAAGUAACCAGUGGUGGUUGAAUAGAGUGGAUGCUUAUGAGAACAAAGACACCAGUCUACGUGACUCGAAGUAUGGACAUCAUAUAGAUGUACUGAGACAACUUAAAGAUAAACUGGUUGCGGGAGAGUCGCUCACGCCCAUUGAACUAGACCAACUUAGCAGUAUCAGUGUUAUGUAUCCAACUAUUUCAGGCAAGGAGAAGGAGAAGGAGAAUGAGAUGAAUAAGUUGAACGAGGAGGGGAGUAUUUGGAAUGAGGGCGGUUUAUUCACUAUUAUUCUCGAAGGAUCUUUGCUUAUGCUUGAUGAUGCGAGUCACGACAGUGAUCAGCAGGACGCUACGCUCAGACUACUGCGCAACCUGAUUGAGAAACAGGCUGAUAUGUUAAUGGGUAGUGAAAUGAGUGUGUUCAACAGCUUAAUAAAGCUGCGUUUAUCAACGCGAAAAGAGAACUACGACGCAUCAGAUGCGCUGAUGGAGUUGUUUACAGAUAGUAUUGAUCCAAUUUGUGGAGUGGGGGCGCUGGAAAGUGCGAUAGAGAUAAGCGCACAGAGCGACAGCAAAGGGGCGAAAGAAGCCAUGUCAUUUUCGCUAGCUUUGAAGGCUCUCGGAAGGCUGUUUCUCAGAUUACCAGCUGAAGUACUUGAAGAGGAAAUACCUCGUGUGCAGGAUGUUUUGAUCAAUGGACUCAACGAUGAGAAUGGCUUAGUGAGGCAGUCAGCAGUGAAAGUGAUUGUUGCUGCACAAUCAGUACUGCGUGAUGAAAACAAACUGUUUGAAUUGGGUAGAAUACCAGAAACGAAGAAAGGGAUACUAACUUAUUAUAUAAACAGAGACGAGCAUCCAUUUGAGAAACGCAAAGCUGAAGCUGAGAGGAUUAGAUCCAAGUAUCCAGACAGAAUACCUGUAAUUUGCGAGAAAGGAGAUAAAACAGACAUUCCAACAAUCGAUAAGAAAAAAUAUUUGGUACCUUCUGACCUCACCGUCGGCCAAUUCGUCUACGUAAUCAGAAAGAGAAUAAAGCUGGCACCAGAGAAGGCCAUAUUCAUAUUCGUUAAUGAAGAGCUUCCACCAACUGCAGCGCUAAUGAGUGCAAUAUACAAUGAGCACAAAGAUGAGGACGGCUUCUUAUACGUUACUUACUCAGGAGAGAACACAUUUGGAUUUUGA